AUGCCCCGCCAAGCCAACACCUUCCGUUGGUUUCUUCCCAAGAACGGGAUGACCUGGCACCCGUCCUCUGUGGUAGCCCACCGCAGCCGCGUCGACACCAACGUCGUCAGGGCGCUCCGGUCGCUCGGCGCCGUGUCCAAGCGCGACGUCCAGGUCGCGCUCACCAACCUGGUGGACGCGGCCAUCGACCUCGCGCAGAAAACGCCACACGACGUCGAGCGGUCGGAGUUUGCCCUGGCGCUCCGGAACCAGACCCCCCUCGGCCUUGCCCUGCUCCCUGCUCAUUUUGAGCAACUGUUCGUCGCGAUCGUGCUGGCCAGGCAGCGAUACCUGGGCGACCGCGAGGAGGCGGGUCUGCCGGUGGAAUACCCGGCUGCGCACAGCCACAUGGCCCGCGCAGUCGACGCCUUCGAGGUGGCCGCGCCGUUCUGGAGCUCGGUCGAGGCCUUUCUCGAGGACGGUUUCCUCCGCGAGGAGGAACCGGACUCGGAUGGCGCCGAGGACGCCGAGUCGCCCAGCGGCGGCGCACCCUCGUCAGCGGCUGCGGCGGGCCAGGCGGCUGUCGGCGGUGUUGUUGCUGGUGGUGUUGGUGUCGGUGGCGUGGGUGGUGCUGGCGUUGGUGGUGGUGUUUUCGGUGGUGGUUUCGGGGUUGGUGGUUUCGGUGGUGUGGGCGGUGGGGUUGGUGGUGGUCAGGCCACCGCGUUCCCCAACGACCUGGCGUAUGUUUCCCUCGCGGCUGGUGUGAGCGCGAUGGAGAUCGACGACGCCCGGGUCGUUGGGGACGCGGGGGGUGCUGGGGCUGGUGCUGGGGCUGGUGCUGGGGCUGGUGCUGGUGCUGGCGCUGGGGCUGGUGGUUGGGAGAGUGGUGGCGGCGACGCCAUGGACAUCGACGGGUAG